GAGGGAGUAAUAUAAGAGAGGCAGCCAUAGAGGGAGAGGUGACAGAGUAGAUUAUCCUCCUCUCCUCCUCUCUGCCAGCCUCAUCAUGUUCAUGCUGCAGAUGUUGACUGUUAUCUCUCUGACUGUUAUCCUGCUGGCAUCUGUGGAAGGUAAAGGUGUGCAGAUGCAAAGAGAUGUUCAGUGCUGCAUGUUGUACUCCCAGGGCAAGGUGCGUACCAAAGAUGUGUUGCGCUUUGAGGUGCAGACAGAGGGGCCCGACUGCAGUAUACAAGCCAUCAUACUUUAUACAAAGAAGGCGGUGAAAUGUGCAGACCCCAGAGACCGGAAGGUGAAGAGGUUGCUGAGAAAGCUCCUGCAGAGACAGAGAACCAAGCCCCGCCGAACCAUGUGGCUUCUUCCUCAUGACAACCUGCCUGUCAUGUCUGAGGACAAGAAAGAUAACUGGGCGGUUCUCAAUGUGCAGUGAGGGAGAUCCAUCAGAUAUGGAGGAAUACUCAUAGUCAUAAGCCAAGUAAACUUUCAGCAACUCGUUAUUAUAUGGCGCAGCUUGCUGACUCUCCAGUCGUCUCGUGUCUCUCUCUAUCUAAACUAUCUGUCUCCCUGGGACCAGACCUGGGCAGCAAUACAUAUUUAAAUGGCUUUAGAUAUUUAAACAAACUGUGCUUGAAAUAUUCCCAAACAAGUUGCUGGAACAGCAUCAACAGAGGAGUAUUUAGUUGUAAGAUAAGUUGAACUGUUUUUCCUUUUUUGUUUUUUAAUGGCUCAUACUGUUAUUUGCCUGCAAGUGUCUCCGUCAACAAUAACAUUACUACUCGUGGCUGAUGUGAAAUCAGUGAAAAGGGUGUUAUUAAACAAACUAUAAACGAGCAGUGAUUUUAAUAUUGUAUAUCAGCAGGAUACUCUAUGCUUUUUGUGACUUGUAUACCUUCAGUGAUGUGUAAUGACAGUGCACACAGUGCAGGCAUUGACCUAAUAUAUUUGACUGUUAGGUGAAAUCCAGGUGGGAUCAACUAGCUCUUACCUGGAUACGACUUCCUAUGUCACAUAAAGAGCAAUUGUUCUUGGUAUUUUGUCCGCUCUGUGAAAUGACUGUUUGUAAACUCAGAACAAAACCAAGUCUGUCUUUUGAAUUGAGGCCCUCAGGCACCUACCAGAGAUUUGAUUAUCACGCAUUUCCAGUUUACAUUUGUCUUUUUCACCAAUAGUCUGUUACUAAACUAUGCCAAAGUAUUCAUGAUUCAGUUCACCACAUGGCAAGGCUGUUAAAACACAACUGUGUGUGAAACACACAAGUAUUGUAUUGUAGAAUAAUGCACUGUAUGUUAAGACACAGUAUCUUAAGUGAACUAUUUUAUAAAUUAAUCUGAAGUAAUAACUGGA